UGCACGCACACGGUCAUGCAGAGGGAGAGAGAGAGAGAGAAAAGCAGAGGGGAGGGUGAAAGAGAGAGAGAGAGAGAGGUAGAGAGCCACACACAACGAGGGAACCCCAUCAGCUGGAAGUCGAGUAACAUUACAACUCUCAGUCUGGAACUAGAGGCUCACACAUUCUCGGAGGAUCCCCGGAUUUAUGCUCUCUGACGUCGGGAUUUUUCUUUUAUUCUACGGAGACUGUUUGCUGUUUUAAAAAAAAAAUUUUUUUUAGGAGAGGUGUGGGGGGGGCAAAGUGGCGAGAGGAGAGCAUGGAGUAUUUCAUGGUGCCAGCUCAGAAGGUGCCCUCCUUGCAACAUUUCAGGAAAACGGAGAAAGAAGUGAUCGGAGGUCUUUGCAGCCUGGCCAACAUUCCUCUGACCCCAGAAACGGCCCGGGACCAAGAGAGGCGAAUUCGCAGAGAGAUCGCCAACAGCAACGAGCGUCGGCGCAUGCAGAGCAUCAAUUCUGGAUUCCAGUCGCUUAAAACACUCAUCCCACACAGCGACGGAGAGAAGCUCAGCAAGGCCGCCAUCCUGCAGCAGACGGCAGAGUACAUUUUUACUUUGGAGCAGGAGAAGACGCGUCUCCUGCAGCAGAACAGUCAGCUCAAACGAAUCAUACAAGAGUUAAGUGGUUCCUCCCCGAAGAGGAGGCGUGCAGAGGAGAAAGACGAAGGGAUUGGCUCGCCAGACAUCCUGGAGGAGGAGAAGACGGAGGACUUGAGGAGGGAGAUGAUCGAGUUGAGGCAGCAGCUGGAGAAAGAGCGCUCAGUCAGGAUGAUGCUGGAGGAUCAGAUGCGUUCCCUGGAUGACCAGUUGUACCCAGAGACACUGAAAGCGAUCAGCCAGCAGGUCCAGGAGCAGCCGACCCAAAUCCAGAGCCACGUCCGCCUGCAGCCGAGCAAGCUGGAGAGGGACCGCACUCCAGCCCACAGCCCGCAGGUGUUGGCCCCAGCUACCCCCCCUGCACCUACACACCAUGCCACGGUGAUCGUCCCCGCACCUGUUCAACCUGCCCCGCCCCAUCACGUCACCGUGGUAACCAUGGGCCAGACAUCGGUUAUCAACACAGUGUCCACAUCUCGACACAACCUGGACACCAUUGUUCAAGCGAUCCAGCACAUCGAGGGCACCCAGGGCAAAGGGUGCGCCGGUGAGGAAGAGCAGCGGAGGGUGGUCAUCGUCACUUCAGGUCGCGUCCUCUCCGACGCAGCGGCCUCUGACACGGCCUCAAACAGCGACGGGCCCGACGACUGUUCACUGCCCUGAGCUCAUCUCUGACGUCUCGCACGUUGUACACUUACACACACAAACACACACACACACACACACACACACGAGGCCCAGGCAGUCCGGGGCUGCAGGAGGCUUCAAACCCACAGCCCUCGUGUUCAGUGGACAUUUUAAUAGGGCUGGUAGACACAUUGAAGCACUCGUUUUAGUUUUUUCUUUCUUUCCAGUAGCCCAAAUAGGUUCACACUCAUACACGCGAUCUCUUCUGCGUCUGUUCUUCUGCUUACCUUAAACCCCCCCUCCCCCCCUGCUCUUUCACACACAUGAACUCUUUCUCUUUAUUAUACUAUAGAGAGGUUAUUAGAGCAACUACUUCACUGACGGAUCUAUAACGGCUCUGUGGACUGCCCUCUUCAUUCGGCCCUGACGCCAUGUGACUGAUCCACGAAACCGGAGACAAAGAGCCCAGCAGUGUGGCGUCACCACCACCCAACACCGGAGCAUUUUGGUUUAAGAUAAACAUCCUUUCAACAUCCUUUCAACCUCCUUCUCUGAGUGGUUUGGACAGACACUGUGAGCCAACGAGACUGUAUCACCUUUUUUUAGACUUCUGGAUGAAAGAAGAUGUCGUUUUACUCUUGUGAAGUCUACUUUUUCACGUUUUUUUUGUUUUCUUUAAAGCUCUCUGAUCCAGCAACUUAAAGUGAUUGUACCGGAGAGAGAGAGAGAGAGA